CCUAGUUAUUAACGGAACCCCUUAACGCGUAUGAAAACAGAGGGAAAAGUGGGGAGAGAGUUAUCAUAUUUGUUACUAAUUCUUAUGCUUCAGAUGCAAAGACACAGGAAGACGGCAGCUGAAAAUAAAUCAAUCUUGAAUCCAGGGAUUUUAUAAAUUUCCAAACUUGGAACUGAAUGCGCUGAAUUUGAAAGGGGUGGCCUUGUUGUCAACUUUCCAUUUGUGUUUUUGGUGAAAAUUAACAGAUCAUGCAUUAAUUCCUCCAUAUACCAAUGGCUGAAGCUACACAUUCAUGUGGUCUGAACUUUGUUACCAGCUAUGUAGAAUCUCAUCCUAGUUUGGUCCAACGUUUUUCUACCAAAAUGUCAGCAGCGAUGAAUGUUACUUUAUGUACGAGUCUUAACCAAAAAUAUCCACGUUCUGUUUGGAAGAGGAAUACUAAUCCCAGGAGAAAUGCUCUUUUGUUGGGCUCCAGGGAAUCUGGUUUUGCUACUGAUAAAAGUUUAGUAGGAGAAGUAAUGACAGUUGGAGAAGGGAAACUUAAUGAACAAGUUUUCCUGCAGAAACAGUUUAAUUCUACCCCGUUGACUUCAGAUAUCCCAUAUAUUGACAAUGACGAGGAAACAAAUAAUGAAAUUCUUCAAAACUUCUGUGUUCGUGGGAAAUUAAGGGAUGCAAUGAAGAUAAUAGAAUUGAUGGCAAGACGGAGCCAAAUCCCUCAUUUUCCUUCUUGCAUAGGCCUAAUCAGAGGCCUUACCAAGCUUUCUCAGACGGAUGCAGCUUCUAAUAUCUUAAGAAUAAUGGUUAUGUCAGGUGGCGUGCCUGAUGUUAUUACGUAUAACAUGUUGAUCGGUGCGCUAUGCAAGAAAGGGCAUCUAAGAUCUGCAAUUGGAGUACUUGAUAAAAUGUGUUUGAGCGGUUGUUCCCCAGAUGUGAUUACCUAUAAUACAAUAAUUCGAUUCAUGUUCGACAGCGGUCUGUUCGAUCAAGCCAUUGGAUUUUGGAAAGAACAACUCAGAAAGGGAUGCCCUCCCUACUUGAUUACUUGUACAAUUCUUAUUACUCUAGUUUGCCAAAAUUCUGGGGUUGUUAGGGCCAUAGAAGUACUCGACGAUUUAGCUACUGAAGGUUACUGUCCUGAUCUCGUGACCUACAAUUCAUUGGUCAACUUCACUUGCAAGCAAAAGAAGUAUGGGGAAACGGCAUUGGUCAUAUUCAAUCUCCAAUCGCACGGGGUUGAACCCAAUGUUGUGACGUACAAUACCCUUCUUCACACUCUCUGUGAUGACGGCUAUUGGGACGCUGUUAAUGAGAUAUUCAUGUUUAUGGACCGUGGACCCUACGUUCCCACGAUUAUUACAUACAAUAUUCUUCUGCGUGGUAUGUGCAAACAUAGCCUUUUGGAAAGUGCUAUCGACUUGCUUGAACAGAUGGUUUCUCGGGAUUGCUCUCCCGACAUUAUUACCUAUAAUAUCCUCCUACGUGCCAUUUGUUUAGAGGGGAUGUCGGUUGAUGCCCUCCAAAUUUUUUACACCAUAGGCAAGUCGAGUUGUUUGCCUACUACAGUGUCGUGUAACAUUGUUAUGGAUGGAUUAGUGAAGAAGGGAUAUAUUGGAAAGGCAAUUGAAUUAUAUGACUAUAUGAGAGACAACUCUAUUACAGCUGACGAGGUUACUAAUAGAUGUUUGUUAGGUGGGUUUUGUCGGAUGGAUCUUAUUGAUGAAGCAGUUGAGAUAGUGAAGGUGAUGUUGAGGAGAAACCAUGCAGUUAGAAAUAGUUCUUAUAAGCAAAUCAUUCAUGGGUUAUGCAAGAGGAACAAUGUGGAUGAAGCUAUAGAAGUUCUGGGAAUGAUGACUUCAAGUCGCGACAGGCCAGAGACAGCUUACUAUUCUUUAAUCGAAGGGAUAGCUGCCAAUGGUAUGACUGAACAGGCUGCUGAAUUGGAGAAGAAGCUAAUUAAAGAAAAGGUACUUAGAAAAAGAGCAGCUAUUAAGAACUGAAACAGAUAGUUUCCACCAGAUAUGUCUUGUUGGUUCUGCAAAUGUUGGAAUAUAAAUUCUUCAAAUCCAGUUCAUCAAUAUUUUGCAGUGAUCCAUCAUCAUAAUUUUAGAUUGCUCUCUUUUCUUUUCAUUGAUGUCUUUAUAUAUGUAUACGGGAAAGUUCAUUAUGAUUCUGUUGCUGUACUUUAGAACAUUUUUGACUUUACAUUAUUACAUAAAUAGUUAUUUACCUUUUGAGUCUUUAUUAAACGAAGCAACAUAGUAGUUCUGCAGA